AUCACUUUAGUACACCUGAAUUUCUAAAUUCCAACCCGAGCUCCGGCCCUAGCCUGCUUGAUUUGGGGUCGUCGAUCAGAACAUGGCGUUGCGACUCUCAUUGGUGGCAGUCCUACUGCUGUUAUCGGCGGCUAGUACUACUACGACAACAGCAGCUCCUGCUCUAGCCAAGUCUGGCUGCCCAGACAAGUGCGGCAAUCUCACAAUUCCAUACCCAUUUGGCAUGGAGGAGGGUUGUUACCUGCGAAAAGAAUUCUCUAUCAAUUGUAGCAAUACCACCCAACCACCAACAGCAUAUUUUGCGAAAGACAGCAAUAUCGUUGUUACUAACAUUUCCCUUGAUGAAGGUGAGGUGCGAAUAUUAAACUUCAUAGCUUCAGAUUGCUAUGAAGCCCCCGGCAAUACGACAUCCGGGUUUUUCUCUGAGAUCACCCUGAAUCUUCCUUAUACGAUAUCUGAUACCAAAAACAGAUUCAUUGUCGUUGGUUGUGACACUUACGCAUUUCUUCGAGGCUACCGAGUGGAAGAAGGUGAUCAGUUCUCAACUGGAUGCAUGUCCAUAUGCAACAGCCUCGACAGCGUUGAUAAGAACUCUUGCUCCGGUGUUGGGUGUUGCCAGACUAACACCCCCAGCGGGCUGUACAAUACGAGGGUGACUGUGAAUAGCUUCUACAACUAUUCGGAUGUAUGGAAGUUUAACCCCUGCAGCUACGCCUUCAUUGCGGAACAAGGCCAGUUCAAUUUCUCCCCUGCGAGUUUUGAACAACUGAAUGGCACUGACCAGGUUCCAAUAGUUCUUAAUUGGGCUAUUGGGAAUGACAAUGACCCUUGUGAUGAAGCUCAAAAGAGGGAGGAUUUCGCUUGCAAGGCUCAUAGCAAGUGCGUCAACAGGCCUAUCAAUGGGUCUAUAGGUUACUUGUGCCAGUGCUUGCCUGGUUACGAAGGAAAUCCCUACCAUCCAGAUGGUUGCCAAGAUAUUGAUGAGUGCGAGGUUCCAAACCUCUGCCAGCAUGGAAAGUGCUUAAAUUCACAAGGAAAUUACUCUUGUUCAUGUCACAAAGGAUACAAACAUGACGGCAUGAAUGACAAGAUCUGCAUCAAAAAAGUCUCGAAGAUGGAAGUCCUGCUUAUAGUUUCAUUGGGUGUAAGUGUAGGCUUCUUGGUUUCAUUCAUUGGAAUUGCAUGGUUAUGGUGGGCAAAUAAGAAAAGACAAUUCAUCAAACUGAAAAAAAAGUACUUCAAAGAAAAUGGAGGCUUAUUGUUACAACAACAACUUGCCAGUCAUGGAGGUACUAUAGACACAACAAAAAUUUUUAGUGCAGAAGAACUUCAGAAGGCUACAAACAAUUACCAUGAAAGUAGGGUUCUUGGCAAAGGAGGCUAUGGAAUAGUAUACAAAGGUAUACUACCAGAUAACCAAGUGAUUGCCAUAAAGAAGUCAAAAGUUUGUGCCGGCAGUCAGAGUGAGCAAUUUGUCAAUGAGGUAAUCAUUCUUUCUCAAAUCAACCACAGAAAUGUUGUGAAGCUUUUGGGUUGUUGUUUAGAAACAGAAGUGCCUAUACUUGUAUACGAGUUCAUCAGCCAUGGCACUCUUCAUGAGCACAUUCAUAAGAAAAGAUCAUCACUCGCAUUUGAAUUACGAAUGAAGAUAGCAGCUGAAGCAGCAGGAGCACUAGCCCAUUUACACUCCUCAAUUUCCACGCCAAUCAUACAUCGAGAUGUCAAAGCAGCGAAUAUUCUGUUAGAUAAUAAGUAUACGGCAAAAGUGUCAGACUUUGGAGCUUCACGAUUGGUUUCUUCAGGUGAAGCUGGAAUACAAACUGUAGUGCUCGGGACAAUAGGAUACCUGGACCCUGAAUAUCUGCAUUCAAACCAACUAACAGAAAAGAGUGACGUUUACAGCUUUGGGGUUCUCUUGGCUGAGCUUUUAACAAGCAAAGUGGCAGUUUCUAAAGAUAAAUUCUUAGCAAGCAUCUUUGUUGCUUCCAUGGAAACAGAUUGCUUAAAUCAAGUGCUUGAUGAUGAGAUAGUGAAUGAAGGAAAUAUUGAGAUGGUGAAAUAUGUGGCCAAACUUGCAAGAAGAUGUUUGAGGGUAAAAGGGGAGGAAAGGCCUACCAUGAGAGAAGUAGCCAUGGAGCUAGGAGGAAUGAUCAUGACAAAGCAUCCAUGGGGUUCUGCAGAUCAUUACUUUCCAGAAGAGACAGAGCACUUGCUCGGAUCACCUAAUACUUCCAAGGAUUACUUUGUGAAUAUUGAUGGUGGUGGUGGUCCUGGUACUGCCACUGGGUCUAGCAUGCAAAUAGACAUGUCAAUGUCUUCAUAUGCUGAUGGGCGAUAGUCAUUUGACUCGUUAACAUUGAUGCAGUGUUUUAAUGAAAUUCUAGCUAGAUACCAGUAUGCUGAAACAAUAUUUAUCGGUCUUCAAAGGCAUGGCCAAUAGGCCUUUUAGGCCAUGCUGAGAUCAUUUCUGCAGUAGAAGUGUGUUUAGGGGUUUGGUAUUGAUAUUUUGUUGGGACAGUGAAAAAUUUGGUCAA